AACUUAUUUUGUGUGUACGACUUUAUUUGUUGGCUUUUGCUUUGACGUCGCAAACAAAGACAUGAUGCAUAGUUUAGUGGUUGUCUGAAUCAGCAAGCAUACACAAAUAGCAAUAACCUUACAACAUCUCCAUAUCGUUAGAGCUUAGCCUGUGUCUCCGCUGCAAUUUCACGCUGAUCCAAGUAUAUUUGGGAGAUGGCGAGUCGGCGGCGGCGUUCUUCCCACAACGAGAUACCACACUACAAGAUCGGAAAGACUCUGGGAAUUGGGGCAUUCGGUAAAGUGAAGCUAGCUGUUCAUACCUUAACUGGGAUCAAAGUCGCCAUCAAGAUUCUUGAUCGCCUCACAAUAGAUACCCAGGGCCACCAAGCAGAAAAAGUAAGAAAGGAGAUGAACAUAAUGAGACAGCUUGAUCAUCCCCACAUAGUCCGAUUGUUGGAGGUGAUCGACACUCCGGAAAAAGUGUACGUGGUGAUGGAGUACAUGAACUCCGGCGAGCUAUUCUACUACCUCACGGAGAAGGGCAAGCUGCACGAACACGAGGCACGCCGACUCUUUCAACAGAUUAUAUCGGGUGUCGACUACUGCCACCGCCACCUCGUGGUGCACCGCGACCUCAAGCCGGAGAACCUCCUCCUCGACUCCGACCACAACGUCAAGAUAGCCGACUUCGGCCUCGGGAACAUCAUGCGCGACGGCCAUUUCCUCAAAACCUGCUGCGGGAGCCCAAACUAUGCCGCCCCUGAGCUGAUCUCGAGGCGGCUGUAUGCGGGGCCCGAGGUGGACGUGUGGAGCUGCGGAGUGAUCCUAUACGCGCUUCUGUGUGGGAGGCUUCCCUUUGAUGAUGACAAUCUGUCGAGCCUCUAUGCUAAGAUAAAGAGUGGAGUAUACCACUCUCCAAACCAUCUGUCGGAAAGCGCUCGCCAUUUGAUCUCAAGAAUACUCGUCGUCGAUCCCAUGAAACGCAUAUCGAUACCUGAGAUUGGGGCCCAUCCCUGGUUUAGGGACCAUCUCCCUCUCCGCAUCUCCAACACAUCACAAAUUGAAUCCCACACUCAAGCAGCUUCCCCUGUCCAAGAUAAGUGGGCACUUGGUUUCAAGUCUCAGGCGUCCCCACGAAAGACAAUGUCGGACGUUCUCGAGGCUCUCCACAGCUUGAAUGUGAGAUGGAAGAAAAUAGGCCACUACAACAUCAAGUGCUUGUGGUCGCCUCCGCUCUCACACUACUCGGUCCCUGCCUCUCGCGACGCAGCCAUCAAAUUCGAAACUCAGCUGUAUAGAGCAAGUGGAGAGUUCUACGUCGUGGACCUGCAACAGCUAAGCGGCCCACCAUUCCCGUUCCUCAACAUCUGUGCUGCAUUUCGUGCUCUAGUGGCGUAACAUAAGCAUGAUAGAAAUGAGAGUCUGCACAAACUACUACUGAAUAUCUUUUUCAAUUUCAAAACUCUACAUUAUUUUUUAAUGAGAGUGGAAAACUCGUGUUAUUCACAAA